AAGAACAAGUGCCUGACUGUCUAAUUACUAAAUGCAUAGUUUGGAUAAUCCAAUAAAGCAGUAAGUCUCUGCAUUUUCCCCUGUCUACUCUCAUUCGCGCACUAGCAAGCAGAGGCACCACCGAGCCACAGAAAGAAACAAGCAAGUCCCUUCCCCUUGUUUUUUCUGGACGUCCAAGUCUUAAGAACACUUCCUCGCAAAACUGGAGUCUGGAUUUCUGAAAAUACUUCUGGAUAUAAGGAAGAGCCAACAUGAGGGCAGACCACCUCUCUGGAAAGUAACCAGCCAGUCCAGCAGUGCAGAAUAUACAAACAGUGGCUGAGCAGAAAAAUAACUGUAGCUGUACAGCAAGAUCUUUGUGCAAAGCAGGUUGUCCCCAGUCAUAUUCAAAAUGGAGAGGGGGACUGUUUCUACUUCCAUCAAAAUACUAACCUUCUGAAGCAAUCUGGGAAGUGUUUCUUCAUCUGCGUACUUCUUCUGAACUCAAGCAGGAUAGCUGGACUCCAAACACCACCAUGACUGAACGCUUUGACUGUCAGUACUGCAAAGAGUCCUUGUUUGGUAAGAAAUAUAUCCUGAGAGAGGACAGUCCCUACUGCGUGAAAUGUUAUGAAAGCCUUUACUCCAACACCUGCGAGGAAUGUAAAAAACCCAUAGGUGCUGAUUGCAAGGAUCUGUCUUACAAGGACCGGCACUGGCAUGAAACAUGUUUCCACUGCUUCCAGUGCAAGAACUCAUUGGUGGACAAGCCCUUUGCUGCAAAAGAGGACCAUCUACUUUGUACUGAUUGCUACUCCAAUGAAUACUCCUCCAAAUGUAACGAGUGUAAGAAGACUAUUAUGCCAGGUACUCGGAAGAUGGAAUACAAGGGCAACAGCUGGCACGAGACCUGCUUUAUCUGCUACCGUUGUCAACAGCCAAUUGGGACAAAGAGUUUCAUCCCUAAAGACAAUCAGAACUUUUGUGUACCCUGCUAUGAAAAGCAGUUUGCCAUGCAGUGCGUCCAGUGCAAGAAGGCUAUCACUACAGGCGGUGUUACUUAUCGGGAGCAGCCAUGGCAUAAGGAGUGUUUUGUUUGUACUGGAUGCAAGAAGCAGUUGUCUGGACAACGCUUUACCUCCAGGGACGAGUUUGCAUAUUGCCUGAGCUGCUUCUGCAAUCUCUACGCCAAAAAGUGUGCUGGAUGCACAAAUCCAAUCAGUGGGCUCGGAGGAACCAAGUAUAUCUCUUUCGAAGAACGACAGUGGCAUAAUGACUGCUUUAACUGCAAGAAGUGUUCUCUCUCAUUAGUAGGACGUGGCUUCCUCACAGAAAGGGAUGACAUUCUUUGCCCUGAAUGUGGAAAGGAUAUUUAAAGAUCAAAAAGUCGGGGGGAAAGCGGGCACACAGGGCCAUGAGGAAGCUGUGCUUGCAGUAUAUACUCUGAAAUACGCAGACAUUUGGAACUAGCUUUGGCAUUCUAUGUUUCUCUGUACCAUUCACAUUACUUAACCUUUUCCUUCAAACUCUCCAAUGCUGGAGGGAAAACAAUUUCAGAAGCUCUAGUAGCAGUGUUGGCAUUUAAGAAUUUCUGUAGCUAACCAAAACUAAUGCAAAACCAGAGACAUAAAGCCAUUUGGGUGUUACUGACAUAACAUACUCCUUUCUUCACUGAAUAUUCCAGUUUAAGCAUCUGAUUUAAUUUGCAAGUGAUACAAUUCAAGGAUUACAAUGACCACACACAUAUUUCACAGAUACUGAGGAUGAAAUCCUCAACUUGUUGAAAUCAAUAGCAAAACACCAUUAAUUUCAAUAUGGCUGAGGUCUCACCUCAAUGUUCUUGAACUAUGUAAUUAGCGUGUGCUGUCAAGUGCAUAGAAAGACUAAGAAUGUAGUGUGUUUUAAUGUACAAUAAAAAGAUUUGUGCCAUGCCAUAAAGAUAACGAUAAAACAGUUGAAGUGGAAGUGCUGUAUAACAUAUACAUAUUUUAUUGCAUGACUAGCUGAUCUUUGUGUGAAGUACAAGUUCCAACUGACAGUGUCAAUAUUACAGUUAGCUGACAUUACACUGCACAUUGUAUUUUUCAAAAUAAAAUCAUUUAAAACAAAA